AUGGUCAGCGCCGGUGCGUUAGAGGACGAGCAACUGGCGUGCGUUGGUCGACGACCGCGGUGUUCGGCGGGGUCGGAGGCGGAGCUGAAAGGGAAAACAGAGGCAAUGCAGCGAGUGUCAGAGCUGCGCCACAGUUUCACUCAGCAGUUGUCAUUGAUCGAGUCCGGCAAAGACCUGCGGUCGAGCUUCCUGACUAGGUCGAAAUACGAAAGCCUCGUCGCAGACCUCAAACGCAUACGCCACGAGGGCAAAUACCGCCGAAUUGACUACAAUCGCCAACGCCGGUUCCAACUGGAUUACGUCGACGGCAAGGAUGUACUGGUGGAUCCGCGCAAAGGUCUGAUGUACGUUGUCGAUGAUCAACUGUUCGACGUUUUCCAUGACACCCACAUGCGGCUCGGCCAUGUUGGUCGCUACGCGAUGCUCAAGCACCUCCGCAAGCAAUACGUGAACAUCAACAAAAAAGCUCUCUGCUACUAUCUUUCAAUGUGUGAGCAAUGUCAUGGUGGCAGCGGCAACGGCAAACCAAAUAUGGCCGUAGAAACGAUGCUGUCGCCGGCUGUGCCUUCCCCGCCGUCGCUUCCUCCCGCUGACCCGGUGCCCGAGUCCCCGCGUUCGAAUCGCUCGUUCAAUGGCCGUGGUCCCGGUUCAACAAUAGCCACCAUGUCUCCAUCACGACACCGCGGUUCCGGCGCAUCGUUAGCCAUCGUCAACGUAGUAGACUUCGUUCGCGUCGGCAGCGACUUUCGCUUCAUCGUCAUCUAUCAGGAUAAGACUUCAGGUUUCUGUAUGUUGCGACCGGCGAAGGCUGCCGACGAACAAGUUGCUCACGUCCUGCUGGCCAUCAUGUGUACCGUUGGACCGCCGGCGGUGAUUCGUUUUCAUUGUAGCACCAAGCUGGACGCCAGGAUAACCCGCACGAUACGAAACACUGUGCCUUCGAUCCAGGUGAAAUGUAGCAAAGCUACCGGUUCACGUCUACCCGUUGGCCAAUUGCACUUGAUCACCAGCAUUCAGAGCAAACUUGACAUGUGGCUGCAACGAAACCCGGGCGCCGAUUGGACCACCGCUCUGAAAUUCGUUCAACUGUUCGUCAACACUAACUUCGGCCGGUCGACCACCAAGCGUCGUUGCGAAGCGAUUAUGCGAAACAUGCUGUCUUCAAAGAGGGCUACUAAAGAAUUGCUUUGUCAGUUGUUACCCGAGUCCGAGGUCAAGAAAACGAAACGACGAGGUACCAAGACUAAGCGGCCGAGACCUUCGCAGUCGCCUCAUCACAACAAGUUCGAUAUUAAAGCACACAAACGUAACCUGUUGGACGUCAUCGAAAGCCUGACGUUGGAGAAGAUGAGGAACGCCGAGCGUCUGACGUUACCGGAUUCGUGCGAAGUCGUCGUGCAGUUUGCCACCUUUCUCAGCUCUGCGUAUUCGAAACAGACGUGCCGAAGUGCCCUGUGA